AUGUCAUCUGCUGCCAACAAAUCCCAGUCGCAGCCUGAUUACAGGAGCACCCGCACAACUUCUUCUCAUGGGCUCUCGCCGGCCACUUGCCCAACAUUGUUCUCAAGGAUGUGCUCGUCAUGGAGAAACGGUUUCCAGGAGCGUGCUGACGGAAAAAGCCAGGGAAUAUUCGAGGCUGUAAACGAUCUGAAGCACAGCACUUCGAAGCCGUCCAAUGGCAAGGAGCAGAAGUUUGCCGACAAUGUUUUUGGUCGUAUUGCCGGUCAUCGCUAUUUCGAAGGGGCAACCAUGGCGGUGAUCUUGGUGAACGCAGUGUGCAUAGGAAUAGAUGCGGACUAUUCUGCCACGAAUGAUCGGCCUGCGAAGCUCUACGAAGGUCCAGCCUUCUUUAUCGUCACUGAAGUCUUUUUCGCUGUGUUCUUCACAACCGAGCUGGUCGUUCGCUUUCUCGCUUUUAAGCGCAAGUGCUUGUGCUUCUGUGACUUCUGGUUUCUCUUCGACUUCCUUUUGGUUGCCAUGAUGGAUGUGGAGACUUUCAUCCUUCCACUCAUAGCCAGCGAGGGGGGCCCGCUUGGGAUCUUGAGUACCCUGCGGUUGCUGAGACUGUUGCGUGUGAGCAGAAUGGCCAAAUUGAUGAGAACCUUCCCGGAGCUCAUGCUCAUCGUCAAGGGCUUGGCCGCGGCUGUCCGCGCCGUGAGUUGGACUCUAGCGCUGUUGAUGAUGAUCCUGUUCGUGUGGUCCAUAAUUUUCACAAGCAUCUACCACCAGGGGACAAAGACUGACGAGGAGGUUGCCGAUGGUAUCGGGAGCUUGUUCGGCAACAUGAGCAAAAGCGCGUUUUCGCUCAUCAUCAUGGGUACCCUGCUGGAUGACGUGACAUAUUGCUGCAAUAUGAUUCGUGAAAGUGGCCAAAUCUUCAUGCUUGCAGUGUUCAUUGUGUUCAUCGUUAUAUCCUCCUUCAUGAUGUUGAACAUGCUGCUGGGUAUUCUCGUGGAGGUAGUGGCGUCCACGGCUGAAGGUGAAAAGCACAAAGAGAAGAAUGGCACCGUGCGCGAGGCCAUGGCUUCCGUGCUGAACGACCUGGGAGUCGGGAAUCAGGGCAUCACGCGUGAGAAGUUCAUGUCGAUGAGCAAUGAUCCAAAGUUGUUGAAAGACCUACAGGAGCUGGGCAUUAAGCAGAAGCAAUUCGAGCAGAUCACCAAGCUCCUCUAUGACAGUAAGGAGGCUGAGGGUGGCAAGGAUGAAACCCACAGAGUUCUGACCGGUGAGGAGAUCGUAAGCGAACUCUUCCGACUUCAGCCCGGGACUGCGCUGAACUUCUCCGACCUGGCGACAACGGAGAAGAAACUCCUCGAGCAGCGCAAAGACAUACGCAAGCGAAUCGGUCGCAUCGAGGAACUCCUCGCCAUUGGCUUGGGCAGGUCCGGUCCGGCACAAAGCGCGUCGUGCGGUUUGGUCCUCGAAAGCAUUGGCCCAUCAAGGCCAAUGAGUCCAAUGCCGCUGACGCCCUUGAGCCAGAUGAGCCCUGCAAGCCCGUCGAGACCGAGGAACGCAAUGGCACCGACGUUCGAGUUGCAGGAGGGGGACUCCUCACCAGAUCGUGUGGCAAAUGCCAGCUCCGCCAUGCUGCAGCGGCUUGCGAGGCUCGCAAUUCCUUGA